AUGUCGACACCACGAAUAUUACGGGCAAGCUGCGGCUUGGCUCCAGGUCUACGGCGCGCAUUGGUGCCGUCGAACAACGUGCCAUCGACGUGCCGGAGGUGGAAGUCCGGUCCGUAUGGAUAUACACAAGCCAAAGCCCUCGUGUACUCGAAAUACGGGGAGCCGUCUGAUGUGCUCUCACUACACACCCACUCCAUCUCGCCCUCCCUCCCACCCAACGCCCUCCUCCUCCGCACCCUCGCAACUCCCAUCAACCCCGCAGAUAUAAACCAGGUUCAAGGCGUCUACCCCUCUAAACCGCCCUUCACCUCCAUGCUAGGCACCUCCUCGCCCUCUGCCGUCGCUGGCAACGAAGGCUGUUUCGAAGUCCAAGCCGUCGGGUCCUCCCUCUCGAAAUCCUCCCCCCUCCAGAAAGGCGAUUGGGUGAUAAUGUCCUCGACCAACUUCGGCACCUGGCGCACACACGCCCUCGCCACGGAAAAGGACGUCAUCAAGAUAGAGGAUAAGGCCGGGCUCAGCCCAAUCCAAGUCGGCACCGUGAGCGUGAACCCAUGCACGGCGUACCGCAUGCUGCGAGACUUUGAGACGCUGCGCCCUGGCAACUGGUUCGUGCAGAACGGGGCGAACAGCGGCGUCGGUAGGGCCGCGAUCCAGCUGGGCCGGGAGUGGGGGUUGCGCAGCAUAAACGUGAUCCGAGAGCGUCCCGACGCAGUCGCGACGCAGGCCAUGAAGGACGAGCUGCUAUCGCUAGGUGGCACGCAUGUCGUUACGGAGGCGGAACUCAUGAGUAAAAGCUUCACGGAGCAGGUGAAGGAGUGGACUUCUGGCGAGAGAGUCAGGUUGGGUCUCAACUGCGUAGGAGGCAAGCCGACGGCGGCGCUCGUCAAGUGCCUGAGCGACUCGGGCCACUUGGUCACGUACGGGGCCAUGUCGAAGCAGCCGGUGCUGCUACCGACUGGGGCCCUGAUAUUCAAGGACGUCAAGUUCAGCGGGUACUGGGUCAGCAGGUGGAGCAACGCGAACCCCGCGGCGAAGAAGGAGACGGUGGAGGAGAUCUUGAGUCUGACGAGGGAGGGCAAAUUCAGGGAUAUACCCGUGCAGGAGCUACAGUGGAAUUGGGCCACCGAGGAGAGCGUGCUGAAGGACGCCGUGCAAGGCACGCUGGGCGGGUUCCGGGCCGGCAAGGGCGUAUUUAUAUAUGGUGAUACAUAG